CUCAUCAUCGCCAUCUGAACAACAACUCUGCAAGCUCGAGAUCAUCACAGAACCAUUCAAUUCACAGCUGUUCAGCCCAUCUGAGCUUCUAGAUCACCUUUACACCUUCAAUUCAGCUUCACACUACCGUCACAAUGGCUGACAGCUUGAUCUAUUGCCCGGUCUAUGCGCCGUUCUUCGGUGCCAUGGGCUGCACAUCAGCUAUUGUCUUCACCUGCUUCGGUGCUGCAUAUGGAACUGCCAAGUCUGGUGUUGGUAUCUGUGCUAUGGGUGUUCUCCGACCUGAUCUGAUCGUCAAGAACAUCGUUCCAGUCAUUAUGGCUGGUAUCAUUGGUAUCUACGGUCUUGUCGUGUCUGUCCUGAUCUCCGAUGGACUGAAGCAACAACUGCCUCUGUACACCGGCUUCAUCCAACUUGGUGCCGGUCUUGCUGUCGGUUUGGCCGGUCUUGCUGCGGGUUUCGCUAUUGGAAUCGUCGGUGAUGCCGGUGUUCGGGGUACCGCUCAGCAACCUCGUCUCUUCGUCGGCAUGAUUCUGAUUCUCAUUUUCGCUGAAGUCUUGGGUCUUUACGGCUUGAUCGUUGCCCUUCUCAUGAACUCCAAGGCCAGCUUGGAUGUUUCAUGCUAAGCGAAUGAUCGACAAUGGAAGAGGAGCCUUAGACAAUUACGAACGCACAUUCUCCUCUGCAAACAACUUGUGAAUAUUGAAGAUGGCUAAGGGAAGGAAUAUGGGGGUAUUGAUGGGGGCUAAGGAGGGCUAUGGAGAGGCUAUGCUAUAGCUGAAAACGCACUGUACUCUUUGCCUGUCUCACAAAUAUUGGCGUUCUUGAUGCAUAGACGAGAGAAGGGAGCGAUGGGGUCAUUUGACCGUGUAUGCUAGUAGUUCUAUUGUUGGCAUCGAUGGUAUUUUCUCGGCCCGUUC